AUGUGCACAGCCAAGGCUGAGGUUCCUGUGGGUGCCCACGAGCUCCAUGUAGUCACGUGUGUCCCCGUGUCUGUGUCCGGGUGCCUGUGUGGCUGUUUCCGAAUGUGUAUCUCUCCUGCUGACCCUUGCGUUUCCUCGUGUGUUUCUGCACCUGUCACUGCACCUGUGCUCAGCUUCCACGUGGGCUCGGGCUGCCAGAAUCCCCACAGCUUCGCACAGGCCAUCGCCGACUGCCGGCGGGUGUUCGAGAUGGGCCGUGGCAUCGGGCAUGACAUGAGCCUCCUGGACAUUGGAGGGGGCUUCCCCGGAGUGGAGGGCUCUGAGCCGGAGUUUGAGGAGGAGUUCUGCUCAAAGCCGCCCCUCUUCCCCUGCAUCCUUUAUGGCCCCACGUGCGAUGCCUUUGACACGUUCUACAAUGAGGAGGUGCAGCUGCCCGAGCUGGACGUGGGUGACUGGCUCAUCUUCCCCUCCAUGGGCGCCUACAGUUCAGUCCUGAGCUGCAACUUCAAUGGCUUCCAGCCUGCGUGCAUCUGCUACACGAUGGGACCUGAGCUCAGCUUCUGCAAGUGAUUCUCCGCGUCCAUCAAUCUUGCUGUUGUCUCCGUUCAGCCACGACCAGAGGAAUCUUUUUUUAGCAUCUCUGGGCUGAAGAGAUUUCUCCCCAGAUAUCUGAGGAGAAGAGAUGGGCUGCAGAUGCCACUUAAGGAAGCCAGAAGGCUCACACAGCCCUUAAAGUAGUGGUUCUCACCCUUCCUAAUGCCGCGACUCUUUAAUACAGUUCCUCAUGUUGUGGUGACCCCCAAUUU